ACUUGAACGAAAACAAAAUUCCUCAUCGAAGUUGCUUAGAGCCUGAACCAAAAUCCUCCUCGUCUUCUUGACCUCCUCCUCAUCUUCUUAAGCAGUAGUGUGUCCUAGUAGCAUUACACUACUUGAUCAGUACUGUAUACAUGGCAUCAUCAUCUCCGACAUCCAGUUCUGCGUUAAUGAUAGCUGAUGGGGCUUCUUGGUUCUGUGCAGCGGUGAUAGUGGCCCUCGUACUCGUGAGCGCAGUCAAGGAGGAUUCUGUCCCCUACGAGCCGGUCAGAGGAAACCUGCAGCUCCUUAACAGGGCCUGUGACGAAAUAUAUGUUGUAGGAGAAGGGGAAACCUUGCACACCAUCAGCGACAAGUGUGGUGACCCUUUCAUCGUGGAGCAGAACCCACAUAUCCAUGAUCCCGACGAUGUUUUUCCUGGCCUUGUUAUAAAGAUUACUCCCAGGCCUAAUCAGCCAUAGAAGAUGUACCUAGCUUGUUUGUGGUUACAGAGUCGGUCAGAUAAUUUUCUUUUCUUUUUUUCCCCUUUCGGAGUAUCAUAUACUACUUACUACUAGUCCUCCUAAAUUACAGUUACCUCUUCUUUCUUUUUCUUGCUCCUUUUUGGAGAAGGUGGCAUGCAUGCUUUUACCUGUAGUUGGUAUGUAAAAGGAGAAGACGAAACGUUUCUCCACGUACUGUACAGCAGAAACAGAAUUAUAGGUGAUGAUUUCCCAUACAGCUU